AUGGCCAGAGCUAAGAAUUCCCAAGCAUUCUCUGCAAGUGUGGUUACUCUAGCCAUCUGUGCUGCAGGGACCUACUUUCAAGGCAUCGACUUCCCCGUCUGGUCUUACAUCACCGACAACUAUGUGCAGCUUUUGACAGCGAACAUCUUAAUUGCAUAUGCACUCUCUGCCUUUCUUUACAUCUACAGUUUUACUGUGGACACUAAUUAUCCCAACCGGGACCUUCGAGAGUUAGCUGCUGGAGGUGCCACGAGUAAUCCGAUCUACGACUUCUUCAUUGGCCGUGAGCUGAACCCUCGCGUCACUCUGCCGUUCUUCGGGGAAGUCGACAUCAAGACCUGGUGCGAAGUCUGCCCUGGUCUGACCGGGUGGAUCCUGCUUGAUCUUGCCCUUCUAGCCAAGCAGUAUCGCAACUAUGGCUACAUCUCUGACAGCAUCGUCUUCACGACAGCUGUACAAGCAUAUUACGUUCUGAGCAGCCAAUAUAAUGAAUCCAGCAUUCUAACGAUGAUGGAUAUCACCACCGACGGCAUGGGCUUCAUGCUCUCAUUCGGUGAUCUUGUCUGGGUACCAUUCCUUUACUCGACUCAGUGCCGCUACCUCUCAGCCUACCCUGUACAUCUUGGCUGGCCGCGGAUCGCGGCUGUGAGUGCUGUAUUUGCGCUAGGCAUCUAUAUCUUCAAGGCCGCCAAUAACCAAAAGCACGCUUUCCGAACACAGCCGAACAGCCCAGCCGUGGCUAAUCUAUCCUAUAUUCAAACCAAACGGGGAACGCGGCUCCUCACGGCCGGAUGGUGGGGUGUCUCUAGACACAUCAACUACUUUGGGGACUGGUUGCAGGCGCUACCAUUCAGCCUGCCGACAGGAUUCGCAGGCUACAUGAUUUUAUCGGUGGGCAGUGCAUUACCUGAUGCCUCCCCGGCCGUUCCUAUGCUGGAUGGGCGGGUGGCUAUUCAAGGACCGGCGGCUGGUUGGGGCGUGAUCUUCACCUACUUCUACGUGCUCUACUUUGGAAUCUUGUUAAUCCACCGCGAACGUCGAGACGAUGUCAUGUGCGCUAAGAAGUACGGUGAGGACUGGAAGGAGUACAAGAGGAUCGUUAGAUGGAGAAUAUUGCCUUGGGUUUAUUGA